CUGUCAACCCCUUCGCCUCUUACGCAGCUUGUGCAGUUCUUCAUCAAACACCCGUUCUCCACGUUCCUUAUUCUCCUCUGAGGACUUUUCUCUCGUUUGAACUGAUCUCAUCUAGGAAUCACUAGCCCAACGUGGGGGUCUAAACUACCACAUACACGUCCAUGUGGUGUCGUCGCUUGCUUCCCUUGCUCGCGCUCUUGCCUCCUGCGCUGGCAGGUAUACAGGAACUUUGGUGGAACAUCACCUACGUUCCGGACGCAAAUCCAGAUGGCCUCUUCGAACGCCGUGUCAUUGGUGUCAACGGGACCUGGCCACCUCCACCAAUCGAGGUAUCUACAGCAGAUUCAUUGCUUGUACAUGUAACGAACGGCAUUGACAAACCUGCGACACUACACCACCAUGGCAUGUUCUUCAACUCGACGUCCUGGAUGGACGGAGCAAUUGCGGUAUCACAAUGUGGCAUACCCCCAGGCCAGACGUUUGACUACGUUGUACCCAUCAACUCCUCCGGGCAAGUCGGCACAUACUGGGCGCAUGGCCACGCAAACGGAUUAUAUGUGGAUGGUCUGCGCACGCCUCUCCUCCUUCAUUCUCCAAAUGAAACUUAUGCUGGGCACUACGACGCCGAGUUCACUGUUGUGCUGAGUGACUGGUACCACCUGGAGCACCCCGUCCUCUUGAAAAACUUCCUCAGCAUAGCGAAUCCAGGCGGGUCGGAGCCUGUUCCGCAAUCUGCCAUCGUAUAUUUCUCUCAAAAUGGUUCCUACCUGGCACCGAUCCCAGGAAGCAACCCGUCCCCAGUGACAAGCGCAGUGGGUUUUAACGAAAAUGCGACCCUUCCGUUUCAGCCCGGUUUGACAUACCGACUGCGCAUAAUCAACAUGAGCGCGCUCGCGGGGUUCUUCUUCUGGAUCGACGGGCAUGAGAUGCGGAUUAUCGAAGCUGAUGGGACCGACACGCAGGAGCAGCCCGUCGAUAUACUGAGUGUGUCAGCGGCGCAGCGUUACUCUGUACUGGUCACUGCGAGGAACGAUACCUCGUCGAACUGGGCCAUCCAUGCAAACAUGGAUACAACCAUGUUUGACAAGGUUCCCAGUAGUUUGAAUCCAAACGUUACCUCUACCAUCACGUACUCCGCUUCCUCCAACCUCAUUAACUUGUCUCCGGUGCCCUCCUACAGCACAACAAACGACAGCGCUCUUAUUCCCGUCGUUAUCGAGCCCGCAGUCUCCCCUACAAGCACCGUUGACCUUCUGUUCGGCUUCAACACCAUGAACGACGGGACAAAUCACGGGUUUAUAAACAAUAUAGUGUACAAUGCACCACUAGUACCCGCGAUCAUGAGCGCGCUGAGCCUGGGCGAAAAUGCCACUAGCGAAGAUGCAUACGGGCCGUACAGCUUUUUGCUGAACUACGGAGAUGUGGUCGACCUUGUGGUGAAGAACACCGAUACGGGGCAGCAUCCUUUUCAUUUGCACGGGUACAAGGUGCAGAUUGUCCACAGAGCGACGAAUUAUACCUCCGAUAAUCCGUCGCUGAACCCACCGCUUGUCGAAGGGCAAGCAAACCCAAUGCGUCGUGAUACUGUAACUGUUGCUGGCGGAGGUCACGUCGAAUGGCACCUUGAAUCGGGCCUUGCGGUCCAGUUCAUAACAGCACCACUUCUCAUACAAGAGCGAGCACAGGACCGCGUGCCAUCAUUUAUGUACGACCAGUGUGCUGUGCUUGGGAAGCCCUACAGUGGCAACGCAGCAGGACACGCGAGCCCAACUGACUUGUCGGGCCUCCCGCUUGGGCCGUGGCAGCAGAAGCUUGGCUGGCUGACUAAAGGCAUCUUGGCGAUGGCUGGAUGCGUGCUGACAGCCCUCAUUGGCAUCGCUACUGUUCUAUGGUAUGCCACUGGAGGUUCUAUUACUGAGGAGGAGAUGGAGGAGGAAGUGCGUCAGCGCCUCGAGGAAAAGGAGCGCAGAGGAAAGCUCUGGGGUCUGUUCAAGAAAAAGACCUGAAUAUCUGCGCCAUUUGUUCAUACUACUGAUCUAGUCUGUCAUUCUAGCUAUGCUGUUUUCUGUGACAAUAAUUCUGUCGAUAUAUCUACCAGUUACUUGAUUAUUGUGAUUGGGGUAGUAUGCGGUCGCGAUGUGGGUACAAGAGAAAUUGCAAUUGAAAAUUGAAAGUGGCAUGUUAGCGUUAUUUACUACACCUCUUCCAGAACGGCGAGCUUGCAAACAUGAAAAUCAAUACGA